AAACGGAUGGCAGGAGAUAAAAGACCGCAAACUGGCCGCGGGGGAACGCAAACCAAGUCAAACUCCCCGAGUGGCAGCAUGGCAGGAAACCCGCGCCUCGUCUAUUUUUUGCUUUGUUACCUGCUACUGGGCAUGUUGCCUCAAUCCAGCGGGACCGAGUACAGCGAUAAAGUGAUCAUGAAUGCCACAGGCUACAGUUAUGACAUGAAGGCACCCGUUGGACCACCAAUGUGGCGAGAUGAUUGCCUUGGGGAGCGACAAUCACCUAUCAAUUUAGACGACGUGGACAGCAUUUCAACCGUGUUUCCACCUUUGGAGUGGUACGGACAUUGGGACAACCGAGAAGAAGGUUUUAUGAUGAGAAACACCUGGCACUCUGCCGAGGUUGAGUACAUGGGAGAAUUGCCUUUUAUCAAGGGAGGACCUUUGACCGCUGAAUACAUCUUGGCUCAAGUUCAUUUCCACUGGGGAACUUCAGGCAACAAAGGUAGCGAACAUUCCCUGGACACCCACUUUUUCGGCAUGGAGGCACAUUUGGUGCAUUACAAGGCAGAGUACGGUUCCGUCAGUGCCGCCGCUGGACACCUGGACGGCCUGGUCGUGGUCGGCAUUUUUUUCCGAAGCUCGAGGGGCAACAAUCCCGAGUUGAAUGGAAUCGUCAGUAAAUUGGAGGAAAUAAUUGAGGGAAACAACUCGACGCGAAUCAACGGAGACGCCAUGGAGUGGCUUGAGGGCUAUUCAGACAUGCAGAACUACUACACGUAUUUGGGCUCGCUCACCACGCCGCCGUGCAGCGAGAUCGUUACCUGGAUCGUGAUGAAAGAGCCCGCCAUCGUUGGGGAGCGUCAGAUAGAAGAAUUCAAGAGGCUGAAAGGCCACAACGGGACAAUAUCGACCAAUGUGCGACCUGUUCAGGAACUUAAAGGCCGACAAGUGUUUCACUCGUGGCCGGAUUCCAGCGCCUCAGCAAAAUUCCAGCCCUCCAGUGGCUUAAUCUUGUGUUAUCUCAUAUUUACAAUGCUUUUAAGCUACAAAUGAACCAACUUCGACUGAAUAAAAGAUCUAAAAAACAAACUUGAUGUACCAUCUGUUUCAGAUUUAAAAUAAAAAUUUACAAAAUUUA